GUUAUUCGUUCGGUUCAAAAUAUCCGAGUCGGAGUCUGACAGACAGGAGCUCAGUUUCAGAUGUCGGUGGCUCUGCAGAUUCAGAUUCCCCCCGUGUGGUCUCCUUCAUCGCCCUCAUGUUCUUAUUCUUCCAGUUAUCAAUGUCGAGCUUCUCCUUUGCGAGUCAAUUGCUGCUCGCGGUCGGUCGUGGUGCAGGAAGCUCUUCCGUCUCAAACUAAGUCGCCGUCGCCGUCGCCGCCUCCGAAUGUGCCGCCUGCAGCUGGACCUGAUGAGGAUGGGCGUGAUGGUGCGACGGCAGAAGGUUUUGGUAGUCGUUCUGGUAUAAAGGUACCGAGGCAAAGACACAUAUCGGUUUCUAAGUCCGAGCUAUUGGAUGCCAUUGUCUCCGGCUUGUUCCCCUCGCAAGAGGAGGCUCGACAAUUUCUCUCUCUAUCCCAAUGCUUGGAUUUGAUUCUUCACGCUGAACACAAAACCAUUCUGGAGGAAAUGCGAGCGGACUUUGAUGUUGCUCUUUCUGGAAGGAGUAGCACCUUCAGCCUUGAUGAUUUCCAAUCCAUUAGAAGAAAAAUUGUGGUCAAUCAGGAUUCUGGUUCUUGCAAGAAUAAUAGCAAUGAAAAGGAACAAGAAUAUAAGUCUGAGGCAUCGACAUCGUCUGAUUUUACUCUUGAUUUUGUUCAAUUUCUGGACUUCUCUUUCGACGUUGCCAAGAAAAAUCUUAUCAAGAGUUCUAGAGUCCCCAUCCCAAGCCGUUUUCAACGCACUUUCAUGAAGCUGCUUUCUAAUGCUGAGUUUGAAGAGUUGUCUACUAGAGAUUUGAUAUUGGCCUCUGCACUGAAUACAGACUAUCUCCUUACAGUGCCUAUUUAUGUUGACUGGAAAAAAGCAUCUGAGUCCAGUACUAUUAUAUUCAGGAGGGGAUAUGCCAUGGAGAGACAAGAGGGUUUGUUAAUUGGUGAGAAACUGGAUUACUUACAAUCAAAGUUGCUGCAGAGUGUUUUUUUCCCGCUUAUUGGUAAACCUUUGGGAAAAAUUUGUGUCUGGUUGAAUGAGGUUUUCAAUAGCAUUGUUCAGAAACAGGACCCUGAACUUAUGGAAAAUAAAUUUAUGAUUUGGCUUAAGGAGUUGUCCCUUUAUCUUAAACCUCAAACCUAUGAUGAACAAAUAGCAGGCAACCUUAAAGGAUUGGACACGCUGUCAAGUGACUUUCCAAUUUGGGUUGCAGCACAGAAAGCAGUAACUCGUUAUGAAGGAAUUUUAAAAGUAGUUGGGCCUCGUGAGAAGCUAUUCAGGAAGUUUCUUGCAUGGAUUGGCCUAGUGCCCUCAACUCCUAAGCAAUCAAUUGACUUGGAUAUGGAUAAUUAUGAGUCUGAAGCCAAAUUAAGCUCAAGUUUCUUAUCAAGGAUAUCACUUAGUGAUAUAUGGAAGCCUGCAUCUCCUAAAUAUUGUGGAAAUGACGUUAGGAAGAUGUUAAGAACUGCCAUUUCUAUUCUCUUCUCACAAUCCAUUCUUCAGGAACCCGCAUUCCAAGAGUUAAUCUUGUUAUACACUGAAGAAAAUGGAGAAAGGGAGACUACAAAUCAAACUGAGGUGCCUUCAUUGCAAAUGAAAAUUUAUGAGAAAAUUCCUAUUCCUGAUUUGCCGGUUGUCUUUCCUCACAAGAAGCUGUCUUUCCGCAUACUUGACACGGUACGCCUGGAUGCUGCAUCAAUAUUGGGACUCUUGGCUUAUUUCUUCAGUUAUAAAUUUGAAGAUAUUUUAUCAUCCCCGUCUGCAAUAAUCUUAGAUUUUAUUGCCGCUACUGCCCUUGUGAUUUAUGUGUUUCGAGUAGUUUUGGGCUACAAACUAACAAGGGAUAGAUACCAGCUUCUGGUGAACAGGACACUAUAUGAGAAAACAGUAGCAAGUGGGUUUGGUUCCAUUCAUUUUCUCCUCGAUGCUUCUGAACAGCAGCUGUACAAAGAAGCUAUUUUGGCAUAUGCAAUGCUACUUAAAGCUGAGAAUAGCCAGGAGGGGACAUGCGCAAGAAGUGUUGGAGAGAAGUGCGAGCAGUUUCUCGACAAUGUCUUCCAAGAAAAGAUGGAGAUGCCGAUAGAGAAGGCAAUGAAGACACUGAAGAGGCUGGGGCUUGCUGUGGACAAGGUGGCCGUUGGCGGACACAUUGUGGUGCAGGCUGUGCCCUUUUCUGAAGCUCUUACUCUUCUCCAAAACCUUUGGAACACUCUCAUUUAGGAGUACUUGCUUAGCUUAUUGGGUGCUUGUAUUGUGCCCCCAUUUUGUCAAUCAAGUAUGUUCCUUCACCUCCAUUUUAACAAUAUAAGUAUUAAAUAGUAUUCCAAAAUAAAUGAUACCUUUAAAUAAUGAAGAAGAAGAUGAAGUUAAUUCUA